UUAUUGGGCGGUAUGAUGCGACGCGGAAGUCUUUCCUUGGAUCGGUUACAAAACACGAUCAUACGAUGUUUGUUUACGUUUCGCUGUGUUUUCAUUGAGCCGCGGUGGAGGUGUGGCGCCGUAUAGCCAACAUCGUCAUUUCAUAUCGUCGCGCGUUUGCGAGUCACACACCUAACGCGCAGUCAAUCUCAUUGCUCUCGCAAAACAUGUUUUGACAUUAGUAUAAAAUGUUACUGAUUACUUUCAGCUGAACUAGUAAUUGUUCAGAGCUUACAGAGGUAACUCCUAAGUUGAAUUUACCGAAGUGUUUUUUUUAUUGUUGACCCAAAUCUUACACCGAAAACGAAAGUGAAUGGUGAUUUGUUAUUGUGCGGUGGUUAUGUUGGCAGCACUGAUCGUCCGAUUUUACGUCAUUUGAACUGUCAUCGAUUUAUUUAUAUUUUGCGAUUUUUGCCAAGGUUUAUUAACUCAGUUUUAUGUGAAAUUGUACAAUAGUGACUGUGUUUUGUGGUGGUACUUGUGAUAUCGCAAGUAUUCAGAUUAAUCUUUACCUGUUAUAAGCGUGCAGUGUUGUACCCACGGUGUUCUGUGUUGUUUACUAACACAGGCAGUAUUGAACUUAUUUAAGUCCAUCGUAUGAGUGCUAGAGAGAUCUAGAAGAGUCGUCAAUAAACUAGCCGAAGAUGUCUUCGCUCGGGAGCCAGUGGCGGGUCAUACGGCACUACCUCUCCCUGACAAACUUGAAUGCUGAAGUUGAAAAGUUGGUUCAGAAAAUCAAGCCUGCUACACCCGAGCAAUGGGAUCAAUUAAUAAAGAAAAUUGAAAAUGUUGUGUCCGCUAAACUGAAAGAGACCGAACAGACCACGACAAAACAUGUAGCAAAUGCCACUACGGUUGAAGGUACGGAAACCAAACUUGCUAAUAAUGAGAAGAGUGAGAAGGCUGAUCAGAAAGUGUCACAGGAGGCGCUGACGGUGGGCUCGGAGGCCAAGGAGAUCACCUUCGAGGGGUUCCUGCAGGGGCUGAAGCUGAAAAAAGAUCUGCAUUUUGGAAAAAUUUCAGAUUCCAGUUGGAAAAACAACAAACCUAUUGUCACCAAGACGUCGAUCCACUCUCGCACGGCGUACGUGAUUUCGGCGUUGGUGACGGCGGAGACGGCCGAGUGCCGCCGCAAGCGCGCCGAGCACUUCAUCGACCACCUGCACCAGUACCCCGAAGCCCGGGACUACGCGAUCAAGGAAGGCGCAGUAAGAGCACUUCUGCGAGUUCGGUCAAAGCUGAACGAUGACACGCCCGCUACCAAAGAAAUCGAUGGAAUGGUUAACGAGGCGCUGGCGCUGGUGGGGUACUCGGGCGCGCCGGGCGGGCGCGGGCCGCGCGUGCUGGCGCUGGACGGCGGCGGCAUCCGCGGCAUCAUCGCCAUCGAGCUGCUGCGCACGCUCGAGCGCCUCGCCGGCCGCAAGGUGCACCAGCUCUUCGACUACAUCGUCGGCGUCAGCACCGGCGCCAUCAUCGCCGCCGUCAUCGGUGAGUCGCGUCAUCACGUGUCCGAUAUUAUGUCGACUUGCCGUGCUAAUCUGCACGCUCACGCAGUGCAACCGCCACAACUCGCCCAAGGUACCCGAGUGUGGACGCACUCGUACUACGACACCGCGGCCUGGGAGCGGCUGCUGCGCGACAACCUCGGCGACUGCACGCUCACGCAGUGCAACCGCCACAACUCGCCCAAGACCCGAGUGUGGACGCACUCGUACUACGACACCGCGGCCUGGGAGCGGCUGCUGCGCGACAACCUCGGCGACUGCACGCUCACGCAGUGCAACCGCCACAACUCGCCCAAGAUGGCGUUAGUAUCAUGCGUGGUGAACUCGGGCGCGCGGCUGUCUCCGUUCCUGUUCCGUUCCUACGAGUGCGGGUUCCGCGUGCGUUCCGUGUUCCCGGGCACGGCGCGCGCGCAGCUGUGGCACGCGGUCCGCGCCUCCGCCGCCGCGCCCACGUACUUCGACGAGUUCCGACUCGAUGGACUGCUGCACCAGGACGGCGGCAUAAUGGUGAACAACCCGACGGGCGUGGGCCUGCACGAGGCCAAGCUGCUCUUCGGUNCUAUGGCGUUAGUAUCAUGCGUGGUGAACUCGGGCGCGCGGCUGUCUCCGUUCCUGUUCCGUUCCUACGAGUGCGGGUUCCGCGUGCGCUCCGUGUUCCCGGGCACGGCGCGCGCGCGGCUCUGGCACGCCGUGCGCGCCUCCGCCGCCGCGCCCACGUACUUCGACGAGUUCCGACUCGAUGGACUGCUGCACCAGGACGGCGGCAUCAUGGUGAACAACCCGACGGGCGUGGGCCUGCACGAGGCCAAGCUGCUCUUCGGGNUUGAAUCGAGCUAUUUUUCCCUAACACCCGUUUCCAAUAUUCAAUCCUUGGACAAGGGUGUGCACCUGGUAUUAAACGACCUGCUGCCGGGCGGCAACUACUUCCGCUUCAACCCGCCGCUCAUGAGUCCGUGCGCCAUGGACGAGGUCGAUGACGGUCGUUUACAGGACAUGCUGCGGGAUGCAAGAGCUUACACGAGACGAAACCAACACAAGUUCCAGCAGUACACUUCGUCCACAAUUCCAGGUGUGCACCUGGUACUAAACGACCUGCUGCCGGGCGGCAACUACUUCCGCUUCAACCCGCCGCUCAUGAGCCCGUGCGCCAUGGACGAGGUCGAUGACGGCCGCUUACAAGACAUGCUGCGGGAUGCAAGAGCUUACACGAGACGAAACCAACACAAGUUCCAGCAGGCGGCGGAGCGGUUGACGGCGAAGCGCAGCGUGGCGCAGCGCGUGGCGGACUUUGCUUCACACCAGGCGCUGCUCAUGGGCGUCACGCCCGGCUACUGACUGCCGCUCGCGCGUACGCCGCGCCAUACAGACCCUAACGCCGAGGAAUAGGGUACUAAUUGCAUUGACUAUGCUUACCUGGUGAAGGAAGGACUGUGCAGUGUUUGACUGUUAUAGUAGUGAGGUGCUGGGAGCUACGAUGGACUCUAAAACAAUGG